AUGGCCGGUGAAAAACGUAAUCAGGAUCAAGAACAAGAUACCCAGCGCAAAGAGACAAUUGUGAUCGUUGACAUCGAGGGAACGACCACCAGUAUAAGCUUCGUGAAGGAAACUCUAUUCCCGUACGUUCGUGAGAAUCUCAAGGAUUAUGUGGAAAAAAAAUGGGACGAUGCAGAAUUUAAGGACGACAUUGCUAAGCUAAAAGAACAGGCUGAAAAAGAUGCUGCUGACAAAGUUGAGGGUUUGGUAUCUAUCACUGGUGAAACACCAGAAGAGACCAAAGAGUCAUUGAUGAAAAAUGUCUUGUGGCAAAUGGAUAGUGACCGUAAGAGUGGUGCUCUUAAACAACUUCAAGGUCACAUGUGGCGAGACGCUUACAAAUCUGGCGCUGUUAAGGGCCAUGUUUAUGAAGAUGUGCCAAAAGCACUUGAAGAUUGGACAAAAAAUGGUCGCAAAGUUUACGUUUACUCCAGCGGAAGCGUUGAGGCACAGAAAUUGUUAUUUGGACACUCAGAGCAUGGUGAUCUGCUCAAGCACUUCAGCGAUUACUUCGACACUGAAGUAGGACCUAAGCAAGAAGCUGCUAGCUACAAAAAUAUUCUAACUAAAAUUAAAUGUGACGAUGCAUCAAAGGUACUGUUUCUAACUGACAUUCCUAAAGAAGCUAAAGCUGCAGUUGAAGCUGGAAUGGCGUCAGUGGUAGUUACACGUGAGGGCAACGCAGCUCUUACUGCAGAGGAAAAGACAACUUACUCAACUGUAAAGUCAUUCUUAGAUUUGACCUUCCAGAGUUCUGCCAAGAGACAAAAAGUAGACAGCUCUGAGGCUGCUGAUGAGCCAAAAAAAACAGAGGAAACUCCUGUUAAGGCUGCUGAACCAGCUGAAGCAGCAGUUGAAGAUGUUGAGAUGAAGGAUGUCAGUGAGAAGAAGGUUGAAGCUAAGAGUGAUGCUGCUGAAGAAGAAAAGAGCAAACUUGUUGAAAAAGUAACUCCCGUAAAACCUACCGAAGCUCCUAAGGAAGCUAUGGAGUGUGAAACAACGACAGAUGCAGCUGUUGAACCUGAAAAGUCGUCGAAAGAAACUGAAAAAGUUGCUGAAGACGCAGUUGCUUGCCCGAAGAAGGUUGAAGAGAAACUCACCAAGGAAGCUAGUGACAAACCUUCGAAAGAAGUUGAUGAGAAAACUACGAAGGAAGCUGAACAAAAAGUCACGAAGGAAGCUGAGCAGGAUGCUGAAGAAACAGUUGCUAAAGCGUCAACCAGUGAAGCUGACAACAAACCAGAAUCAGAAGCUGUUAAAUCAGAUACCCCGGUUGAAGAAAAAGCUAAACAAACUGAACAAUCAAAAUCCGAACCAACGACUAACCUCACCUCAGAGAACAAGACUGAACAAGCUGAAAAAGUCGUCGAUGCACCUAUUGCUGAGACUAAAAUGGAGACUGACGUUGAAAACAAACCUGAGACUGCAGUAGUAAAAGAUAAACCCACAACAGAGCCACCUAAAACUGACGACUCUCCCAAAGUUGAAGAGAAACCCGAGGAAGUUAAAGAACCAGCUCCUGUCAGUAAGACUGAGACUAAGGAAGCUGAAGAAAAACCUGCUGUUGAAGAAGCUAAACAAAAUGGCGACUCAAAAUCUGAAAAGGUUGACUCGAUAACAACCAACGGUACUACGACAGAGGUUAAGACAAAUGGAAACUCUACAGAAACAACUGUCGCACCCGAGACGAAGGAACCUGAGAAAGCUGUUGUUGAUAAUGCUAAACUUGAGGCUGUUGAGCCCGAACCAGUUAAAUCUGAGCCUGUGAAAGAAGAAGAAAAGGCUAAAGAGGAAGUUGUAGAGAAGAAAUUGAAUGGCAGUACACCAACCACUGAAAAAACUGAGACGACGGAGACGGCACACAGGAAUGGCGUCAACGAAGAGGCUAAACAAAAUGGAGGUGACGAGAGUCCAGCAGACAAGGAGUCCAUCAAAGUCAAGAAAGUCGUCGACACCAUCGCAGCUGACGGAGCUGGUGAGCCUGAAGUUGUUCCACCAGUACCAGUAGUUGCUGCGACGUCUUAA